GGGGCCCCAUGAUCCCCUAUUUCCCGGGGGCCCCAUGAGUUGUCAGUCCGCCCCUGUUGCCUUGUGUCAGUGCUCAUCAGUGCCUCGUGCCAGUGCCUAUCAGUGCCACAUCAAUGCCACAUAUCAGUGCACACCAGUGCACAUCAAUGCCACAUAUCAGUGCCCAUCUGAGCUGCCUUUCAGUGUCAUCCAUCAGUGCCAGUCAGUGCCACCUAUCAAUGUCAAUCAGUGCCACCUAUCAGUGAUGCCAGUCAGUGCAACCUAUCAGUGCCAGUCAGUGCCGCCUAUCAGUGCCAGUCAGUGCUGCCUAUCAGUGUGCCUCAGUGCCAGUCAGUGCAGCCUAUCAGUGCCAGUCAGUGAAGCCUAACAGUGCCAGUCAGUGCCGCUUAACAGUGCCAGUCAGUGCCACCUAACAGUGCCAUAUAUCAGUGCCAUGUAUCAGUGCUGCCUUUCAGUGCCCAUCAGUGAUGCCUGUCAAUGCCCAUCAGUGCCACCUACCAGUGCCUCCUCAUCAGAGCCCAUCGGUGUCACCUAUCAGUGUCCAUCUGUGCAGCCUAUCAGUGCCCAUCACUGCAGCCUCAUUAGCGCACAUCAGUGAAGGAGAAAAAUCACUUAUUUACAAAAUUUUAUAACAAAAAACUAAGAAAAAACAUAUUUUUUUUUCAAAAUUUUCAGUGGUUUUUGGUUUAAGAAAAAAUGA